AUGGCAUUUUAUGGUGCCCCGAUCUGGGUGGAUACCCUCACCGCUAACAACCGAGCCCUCCUGCGAAAGCCGCAGAGGGUCAUAGCGGCGGAGGUGCUCGCGGAGGUGUACCGGUUCCGGGUCGAGACGAGGAACCGCGGCGACCUUCCAGGGUCGGCGGAAAACGGGCGAAUUAGGGCUCUAGCCCAGCAAGUCCUGAUCGUUCGAUGGGAGGAGGAUCUGGGGUCACCCACGGCGGGCCUGGCAACAGUGGAGGCGAUACGUCUCCACUUGAGUCGCUGGGUCAAGAGGAAAAAGGGCAGGCUCACUUUCAGGAUGACACAGGUACUUACCGGGCACGGAUUCUUCGGUAAGUACCUGCACGGGAUAGCGCGGCGGGAGGUGUCACACUCCUGCCACGAGUGUGGCGCGCCAGUGGACACGGCGUACCACACCCUGCGUGAGUGUGCUGCGUGGGGGCCACAGAGGUAUUCCCUAGCGGCAACUAUGGGCGGAGACCUCUCGCUGCCGAGUAUUGUCAACGAAAUGCUCGGUUGCGAGACGUGCUGGUCGGAGAUGCGCUCCUUCUGCGAAAGCGUCAUGUUGCAGAAGGAAGCCGCGGAGCGGGAGCGGGAAGAGGAUGCCGCUGCAGACUCGCUUCGUCGAAGACGACCGGGGAGGAGGAAAAAGCGUUAUGCGCACCUUCUCCUCCCACCUCAAUAG